AUCUCGACGCAUAUUGGAUGAAGUUAAUUGAGGAGAAGUGUGACAGUGGGAGGGGUUGCCAACCAGCAGUUCAUUCACUGCACAGGUUAAAUAACCCUCCCCUGAUGCCUACUCGGGCAAACCCUCAGAUACGAGCACAUUCAGCAGGUUUGAUCGGCGAAACUCAUGUUUCUAGAGGGAGAACGGAUUAUGAACGCGUUUGGACAGCAGCCGUCGAGCCAGCAGACCAGUCCCCACCAGCACCACAACGCGCAGGACAUCCUGGACAUGACCGUGUACUGCGAUACCAACUUUAGCAUGUACCAGCAGAACCUCCACCAUCACCACCACCACGCGCAAAGGCCACCUGCGCAUCCUUCCAGCUACGCGCUCGGCGAGUACACCUCGUCCACAACCAACCCAUACCUGUGGAUGAACAGCCCAGGUAUCAGCUCUUCUCCGUAUCUCUCAGGCCCGAACGGAGGGUCUUACAUUCAGUCGGGAUUUGGGUCGAACCAGCGGCAGUUUCUCCCUCCGCCCACCGGCUUCGGAAGCGCAGAUCUCGGGUGGCUUUCCAUUUCAAGUCAGCAAGAACUUUUCAAGAUGGUUAGACCGCCGUACUCAUACUCAGCGCUGAUUGCGAUGGCUAUUCAGAACACUCAGGAUAAGAAACUGACCCUCAGUCAGAUUUAUCAGUAUGUGGCCGACAACUUUCCUUUUUAUAAGAAAAGCAAAGCCGGAUGGCAGAACUCCAUAAGACACAAUCUGUCCUUGAAUGAUUGCUUCAAGAAAGUUGCGCGGGAUGAGGAUGACCCUGGCAAAGGAAAUUACUGGACUUUGGAUCCCAACUGCGAGAAAAUGUUCGACAACGGCAACUUCAGAAGGAAGAGAAAAAGAAGAGCGGAUGGAAACGCCAGUGGCCUGUCUGUGAAAUCCGAGGACGCGCUCAAAUUGGCGGACACGGCGAGUCUGAUGAGCGCGUCCCCGCAGAGUCUCCAAAACUCUCCGACCCCCAGCGAGCCCAAAUCAUCUCCCUCACCGUCCGCCGAGCACAGCCCGUGUUUUAACAACUUCAUCGGUAACAUGAACUCGGUAAUGGCGGGGAACAGCAACGGGAUCAGAAGCAGAGACGUCAGCUCCGGACACUUGGGGGAUUUUACGCACGGCAUGUCUGGACAUGAACUCGCCCCUCCAUCAGAAAACGGCCAUCUCAACACUAACAGACUCAACUACUACUCAACAUCCCAUAAUAACAGUGGCUUGAUCAACUCGCUUUCCAACCAUUUCAGUGUCAAUAAUCUCAUAUACAACAGGGAUGGAACCGAAGUUUAGUGGCGCUCAAGUUCAUCGAUCCUCUAAUGUGCUCUGUGAGUACAUGGCCAAACUGUUCUUACAAUAGACUUGAUUUCUAAACAGUUGCACAGCUUGAAGUUCAUUUCAGUGGGGCCUGUGGUGUUUUUGGAUGCAUCAUUUAUAUGUAUUCUGCCUUGACUAAAUGAUAAUUCUGUGAUGUCCUCACAUGUCUGUUUCCUAGGCCACUAAAACAAGUGCCUUCUGAGAUGCAGUUAUUUGUAGAAGAAAUGUUGAUAUAUUUUAUUUAAUUGGAAUGUUUCUGAUUUGUAAAUAAAAUGUGCAUA